CACGAAAAGUAGUUGCGUUCCUUCCCCACCACUCGUAUCGAAUGAACGGCACUCCUUACCCGUUCGCCUUCGCUCAUCACUCAAAUCACUCGUAUACUUAAGCAAACAGUCGAAAUGAGUUCCCCAAAAGGGACGGUCAUUGUUACUGGUGCCAAUGGAGGUCUCGGAAGCGCGAUCGCCGAGCAAGUUUCUUCCGAACCAAAAUUCAAUGGGUAUCACAGCCUCUUCGCAGUCCGGGAUGCAAAGCAAGCGCCCGCUCUGGAAUCCGUUCUCUCGAAAGAAUCGCAUAGUCACGAACUUGUUUCCCUUGACUUAGCCAACCUUGAUCAUGUACGCCAGGUCGCUGAGGAUAUCAAUGCGCGCGUUGCAAGAGGAGAAAUCCCUCCGAUUCAGGCGCUGAUUCUCAAUGCCGGAUUCCAGGAUUUCGGCAAGCAAAUUUGGACCGAGGAUGGUUUCGAUGUAACAUUUCGCGCGAAUUAUCUCGGCCAUUGGUUAUUAACGCUGCUACUUCUGAAGAGUAUGAAUAAAGAAUCCGGUCGCAUAGUUGUAAUCGGAAGUCAAUCUCAUGAUCCGUAUGAUAAACGCAAUGAAAGCACGGGAGUUUUUACGGAGGAGAGGUACAAGACCGUGGUGACUGAUCAGGCUGGUUUUGAUGCAAUAGCGAAAGGCACCUGGAGUUCCGCGAAAGAGGACCCGUCAUGGCGAAGCGGGUUCCGUCGCUACGGCGCAUCUAAGCUCUUCCUCGUCAUGAUGGUCUAUGGACUCCAACGCCGAAUGAACACAGAUCCCGUUCUAGAUAAUGUCUGUAUCCUGGGUGUCGAUCCGGGUACUAUGAUGACAGGUCUACAACGCCGCGCGACUUGGUUUAUUCGGGUUCUCAUAUUUCAGAUUAUUUACCCAAUCAUCGCUUUUCUUAUACCGAACGGACCAGUGCGAACUACUGGACAGUCUGCCUCACGGGUGUUACAUGCCGCGCUUGAAUCGAGUCCAGAACUGGGGGCAUCUCCUAAAGGAUUAUAUUUCCUUGGCGAGGAGCUUUAUGAGCCGAGUGCUGAGUCCAGAGAUACUCAUAAGGGGGACUUAGUUUGGAAGGAAAGUGUGAAGUAUACGCACUUGGAAGAGCGCGAAACUAUUCUAAGAAAUUGGCAGUGAUUAAUAGUUGAGAUGCCUACCUCCCCUCCAGGGCUGUAAUGAAAAUGAAAAUUACAGCAUACUGCGCAUUGAAAUUGAAGAUCUGAUUGGCUGAUUUUUCCUACUAGUGCUGUAUGUCUUAGAGAGAUUUGUUUGUAAGUACCUACCUACCUAGGUACAUACAUUGUAGGUAGGCUACCUAGCUGUUAGAUAAGUGCUUGUUUCGUAGCAAC